AUGCUCAUCCAGCUGACCGUAUCUGCUUUGCAGAUGAUUUCGGCUACAGAGUCUCAUCAUGGUGAACACGGAACCCAUGUCAGAGGUGUAUCAGCAAUCUUGAGCUCUGGAGAGUCUCGACUGGAUUUGGUCAAUGGAGUGAAAACAUUCAAACUUGCAGAUCCAGUGCUGAUAGGAGUUCCUACAAAGGGUAUCCUUGGUGCUCCGGCGUUGACUUCUUCCGUCCAAAGUCUCGACUCCACAUUUGUGAAGAUGCGGCCGCUGAUAUCGAGAAUCGAGGCGCUCCUUACGUGCACUUUGACUGGCUGGGAUGAGAUCAAACUCACACAAGCCGCUGCGCUUGACCUGAAUGAAGACCUCACCAGAUGGGAGGACAGCCAACCCGUCAAAUGGAGACCAACAUCAAUGGGUAUUUGGAGUAGCUACGAUAGUCCACCAGGGGAUUCCAUCUUCUGGCCUGGACAGGUUGACAAGUAUUUUGAUCCUUAUGUGGCUGCUGUGUGGAACACGUAUUAUAAGGCUCGCCUUAUUGCACUCGAGUUUAUUGUUCGAUGUUCAUUGCUGCUGCAAGAGGGAGAUUCGCACAAACCAGAGCAUGCUGAAGCGCAGAGGCUGGCAGGAAAGAUGAUUUCGUCUAUUCCCUUUCUCCUCCUGAAGGAUCCACAAAGGGCUUUGUCGAACCCUCUCAACAUCCAAGAGCCCGGUCCAUCUUUUGGCGGCUUGUUGCUCAUGCACCCACUGUAUGUUGGCACAAGGAUGUCGGUGGUUCCGCCGGCCAUGCAAACACACAUGAGGAAAUGCCUCGCAUGGGUUGGCAAACAUAUGAACAUUGGGCAAGCCACGCUGUUAUCAAGGGCACAUGCCACAGUUCCUACGCAAUUCGUGGUCGAUGGCCACACUCUCAUCUGGGCCGGUAUGCUCACUCAGCCAGUUUGA